UUUUUAAUAGUGAUGCAAAUCCCACGUGUUGUAGCGCUGUGAUCACAAAUGGCUUCUAAAGCACUAUAUUCGCAGAGAGAUCCUGUUCUGAAGAAGAGGGAUGACUUCGAAGACAUUUUGGAGGAACGCAGGAAUUCCAGUGACUUGAGAUAUGCGUUCAAGUGCUACACACCCGUGCUCUACAAGGGUCUUGUUCCAUGCAAACCUGCUAUGUUGAAGAACGUGGUCCUGCAGUCAGAUUCGCUGCAGCAUGUUAUUCGACAGGUUUCGGCGGAGUCAGGUGAGUCUGCAGAGAUGGUGCAAGAGGAGGCGGCGGCCAUCUUGGACGAGAUGGCUCACCGGCAGCAGCUCAGCACGGUGCGCUUCUUCGCCUUCACCCUCAGCAAGGCCUUCAAGAGCCUCUUCCGCAGCGUGUGUGUCAACGAGGAGGGCAUCCAAAGGCUUCAGCAGGCCAUACACGAGCACCCGGUGGUGCUUCUCCCCAGUCACCGCUCCUAUAUGGACUUCCUGAUGAUGUCAUACCUCCUGUACACAUAUGACCUCACGCUGCCCGUCAUAGCUGCAGGAAUGGAUUUCAUGAGCAUGAAGUUUGUUGGCGAGAUGCUUCGCAUGUCGGGGGCGUUUUUCAUCCGGCGAUCCUUUGGAGGAGACAAGCUCUACUGGGCCGUGUUCUCGGAGUACGUCAAAACAAUACUCAGGAAUGGUUAUUCUCCAAUCGAGUUCUUCCUGGAAGGCACCAGGAGCCGCACAUCUAAAUCGCUAACACCAAAGACAGGCUUGCUAAACAUCGUGAUGGAGCCCUUCCUGAAGGGGGAGGUAUUUGACGUGAGCCUGGUGCCCGUCAGCAUCAGCUACGAGAGGAUCCUGGAGGAGGCGCUCUACGCACGAGAGCUGCUUGGAGUCCCCAAGCCCAAGGAGUCCACCUCGGGUCUUUUGAAAGCGCGGAAGAUCUUCAGUGACGAUUACGGCAGCAUGCACAUUUAUUUUGGCCAGCCAGUGUCUGUGCGCAGCCUGGCUCAAGGGCGGAUUAACCGUUCCCAGUAUAACCUUGUGCCCAGGCAUAUUCCCAAGAGGCCGAGCAGUGACGCCCAGAGCUUGGUGACUGACGCGGCCUAUCAGCUGGUCCGCAGGCAGGAGGAGAACAUGGUGCUGAAGCCCUGGGUUCUCAUCGCCACCUUCCUCAUGCAGAACCUGGAGGGCGUGGAGCUCUCGCUGCUCGUGGAGCAGACGGUGUGGCUGAGGGACCUGGUGCGCUCCUUCGGGGCCUUCCUGGACUGGCCAGACCACAUGUCCAGUAUGAGGGUGGUAUCGAACAGCCUGUCCCUGCACAGUAACCUGGUGAGCGCCUGCGAUGGGCAGGUGCGCCUCCUAGUGGCGGGCGGGCAGGGCUGCGAGAGCCCCGAGGAGCAGCUGUUUGAGCAGGCGGUCAGCGCGCUCUCUUGCGCCUCCUACAGGAACCAGCUGCUGCACGUCCUACUGCGCCCUGCCCUGCUCGCAGCCGCCAUGCACUCAGCGGCCAGCCCUAGGAAAGAUGAGGUCUACAGCUGCUUCUGCUUCCUACGAGAUGUCUUCUCCAACGAGUUCAUCCUCUGUCCAGGGGAGGCCGUGCAGGACUUUGACGAGGCUUGCUACCUGCUGAUGAAGUGUGGAGCAGUGCAGAUGUCACAGCAGGGCGUCAUGCCAACGGAGAGCGGCCGUGCCACCCUGCACUUCCUGUGUGCCACACUUGAGCCCUUCCUGCAAGCAUACCAGGUGGUGUGUCGAUACCUUUGUGAAGAAGCCAAUGACAACCUGACGGAGAAGCAGUUCAUCCCUGCUGUUAGAACAUUUGCUGUCAAGCUCCACUUGGCAGGUAGCCUGAGGUGCUACGAGGCGCUGUCCUCAGACCUCCAGAAGAACGCCCUGGCUGCCCUGCAGAGACUCAAUGCUGUCAAGAAGGUCAAAACUGCUGAUCAGGUUGUCCUCAAAGUGAAUAAGCUUGCAGUGAACUCCUUGGAAGACACUUUAGGGGGUAAGAUUCCCACUCAGAAGCCCGUGCUGGCCCGGCUGUGAGGCACUCUCGGCUCUUCCCAGCGCUCCGAAGAAGGAGAGCAGAUGACUCCACUCCGGAAGCAAGUUGACUCCAUGCCUCUCAUUUGCAUAAUGCCAAAUGUUCCAGGACGGCAGCAUUAUUAUCUCCCCCCCCCAACUACAAAGACUUUGUUUGACGUGCGUGUGCGUGUGUGCGUGCGUGCGUGCGUGCAUGUUUUUUGUGUAUGUUUUGUGUGAGUGUGUUAGUAUGAGGAGAGAGAGAGAGAGAGAGAAUGUGUUUGUGUUUGGAUGAGUACAAGUGUGUGUUUUUGCAUUUUGGUUUAAAGAGGAACUAUUUUUGCCCCCCUUUUUUUAUCCAAGCUACUUUUUGUUCACGAUGAGUGAAAAAAGUUUUGUUUUCAUUUUUUUUACCGUUACUGUCCAGGAAUAUUUGUGAAAUAUUCGCCAAUGCUUGCCAAUGAUGGCUUAUCUCUAACUACAUAUAUUGUUUGAGGUGCUGCCACAUGCAUGGAGUUUUUGUCACAGUUUGACAACAAGGGAUGUACUAUUUUCUACUAACAAAUAGGAAGUGGGCUCUUUUCUUUUUUUGCACUCUGUAUUUAUUUGCUUGCCCUUUUAUUUCUUUGUCUUUGAAAACUGCUUUCUGUCUUUUACCCUAACCUCCUUAAUGCAUAGAGAAAUCAUGGAUAUCCUAUUUAAAAAAAAAAAAAAAUCAUAAUAAUAACGUUACUUGAAUUCUAUUUUCGAUACUUCAUGCUUGUUACAUUACUAAUAACAAACAUCCAAGGUCAGCAAAAAACUCCAAAACAAAACGAAAUCAUACGUCGUAUGUAUCAUGCCAACCUGGACUUAUGCCAAUUUUGUUACAGUGUAUGACACCUGAGGAAAUGUGCCGUAUGUUUACAUGUUUGUCUCUGUCGUUAAUUAAAGUAGGUAUUUCUGAUGAAAUGAAGACAGCAUAGCCAUAGUACAAUGUACAGUACAAAUAACACAUUGUCUACACGCUCGCAAAGGACAAAUUUGGUGUGAAUUCGAUUCAUAGCUCUGAUGUUUGAGAUCACAGUUCUGAGUUCUGUCUGUAGGAAUCUAGAAUGGGAGCAUUAGACCAAAUGGCAAAGUGGCAGCUAAACGCCGAAUUGGGGUGAGGGAAAAUGAAACUUCAAGUGAGUUCUAUGCCCCAUUCAAUUAGUGUUGGGUACAAGCUUUUUUGUUGAUGAUAUAGCAGAACAUGUCCUUGUUAUUUAUCUCUGACCUUGAAAAAGAGGGCCGUGGACUAAUGCACACCAAAAGUUGUUGUUGAAAUGAGUGUCGGAUGAAUCUUUGGCCAAAAAUUUGGGGAACUUUUCACAUGCUCCUUUGUAGUGACUCCGAUGUGUAAAAGAAGGGCUAUGACAAAAUUAUGAGCUUUGUUAUGGGUGUGGUGCAGUUUAGAAUCAGGAUGCAUUUUUUUGUAAUGUACACAUUGAGUCUCUGUUACACAUAUCCAAACCACUGUUUACCAAAUAUGAGGUAUAUAAUAAUGUAGACAUGCGGUCAAUCUCUUUAUCUCUUUUAUCUAAACCCCCGUCUUCGCCUUGUGGUUGUGGCCUUGUAGAAAACCAAAACAUUUCUGCGCUGUCAACCUAGGCACAACAACUUUGGACUUUUGCCCACUCAACAUCCUGAUUGCAAAGGGGAAAUGGCCGUUAAAGAGUGCUUUUGCAAGAUAUUGAAUAAAACUUCUACCAUGAA